GUCUCUUGGUCAGUUUACCUUAGCAACAUGGCCGAGUUAACACUGGAGAACAAAAAGGAACCCACAAAAGAACAAAAAGAAACUCUCUACGACAAGGUCCAAGAACUCCGGGUCUCUAAUGCAAUCCUACUAGCAGAGAAUGACAUGCUGGAGUGCUUCAUCAACCGCCAGGAUCCACAGGUCUUUGUGUCACAGUCUGUGGGUGAGGGUCCUGCUGGAGGCUUCCAGGUGGAUGAUGGAGGUCAUGCACGGAGGCGUCGUUCUCACUCCAGUACAUCUGAUCACAUCCAGCAGCUUUCCUUGGAGCAAAAACUUUAUGUGGUGAAUAAAGAAAUCUUAGCGACAAGAUCAGACCAACAGAAAGAAAAAGUUAUACAUGAGAGAAUCCAGAACAACUACAAGGCUGCUCUGACAGAGGCUCAGUUACGUCAAGUGGCGAUCAAGAAAGCCAGAGAUGACUUUGAGCGCAAACUGGCAAAACUGACGGAAAAUAAAAGGGAGAUGAUCGAGUCUGAGAAGGUGCUCAAGAUACUCCAGGAUAAGUCACAGGUCACCCAGUUACAGCAGUUGAAUCUGAAGAACCAGGCACUGAAGACUCAUAUUAAAAACCUGCAACACAGAAUUCAGAUGGAAAGAGUGGAGUGCGACAUAGACAAUGCACGUCAGGGGGCAUUUCAAGAUUAUAGUGACCAGAGACUUGACAACAACCUUUGUGAAGUUCAAACCAAUAAACGGAAAGUCCAACGCAUCCUAAUUUCACACAGGGAGAAACUGCAGUGGACAAAACAGGAGUUGAAGGAAGUGAUUGAUAACAUCAGCAGAAGGACAGCGAUGCUGGCAAAAAUCGAAGAGGAGUUACAGCAUGCCGAGAAGGAACGUGUGAAGGCUGAGGCCCUGAAGCAGCACCUGAGCCACCAGAUGACAGAUUACAGUGCUCCCAACAUUAUAGACUACAUGCAUGUCAAGAAAAAACACAAAGAGCUGCAGUGCAGUAUCCGCACAGUGGAAAGGAAAAUUGGCAUUGCCAAGAUGGCCUUGAAGAGCCACAGACGGAUGGCGAACACACAAAGAGCAGCAAACUGUGCCGAAGAUCCGGCUGGAUCUCCACAUAAAGCUGCCACAGGUUCUGUGGAAGAACCCGACACUGAGCAAGUAUCAGAAAUAUAG